CAGCCAAAACUGCUAUUAAUAUCACUUUGGCAAUUAAUAAAGAUGCUAAAUUGGUUCAAAUAUUGAAAGAUUUUAUUGCAACUAAUCAAAUGAAGCAUGAAGACAUAAUAAAAGAAACUAACAACAGUAUUAGUACAAAAGAUGAUAAUUUUAUACAAAAUACUAGUAAAAUAAUUCCAUUGCAACAACAUUUAAUUAAUCAAUUAACUAGUCCAAAAGUUAUCAAAAUUUAUGAUGCUCCUUGUAAAAAAAGAAUUAAAGGUUUUGUGGAAAUAUUAAAAAGAAAAAAGACAAUGAAUAAAAUUAUGAAUGUUAUUCAAGAUAAUAGUAAAGAAGCAGUCUUAAAACAGAAAUGCAAAUGCUUAUUAUGUAAAAACCUAAGUUAUUAUCAAAAAAAAUAUCUAUUUGCUAGUACAAUAGAUAAAGAAAAUAAAUAA